AUGGCCGCGUCCCGCGUCAAAGCUUCCCGAGGAGAAAACCUUUCAAAACUGGAAGUCCUCAGCAAGCAAGUCAACAAAGCUGCUGGCCAAGUUGUCGGCGCAUCGCAGUCGGGCAAGACUUCAACCGAAAACUCAUCGUCAGAAAAUGUUGACUUCUCAAAACUCAGCUACACUCAAGCGAAAAAGAUCGAAAUGGACACGCAAGUUAAAAUUCUUGAUCUUGAGUAUCAGCUCGAGCGAGAAAGGGCGAAAAUACGAGAGAUUCGAAAAUCAGCAUACAACGAGUCUAAUCCUAAAAAUCCAGUGGCUACGAAAAUCAAUACUGCUCCAGAAAAAGCACAAGAAGACAACCUCCGAGAAUUGGCUUCAGUGCUCAAUUCGGCCCCCUCCCCUCCUUCUCUCAUCGACCUCGAUCUGAACCCUGGCUCAUCAACCCCAAGUCAACCAGUUGCAGCCCCACGGAAAUCGUUAAUCUAA